AUGAGUCUGGUCAUGCAGCCGGUGCUCAUAGUCAUCAUGAGUCUGGUCAUGCAGCCGGUGCUCAUAGCCAUCAUGAGUCUGGUCAUGCACCAUCACGAGUCCAAGGGACACCAUGUUAUCACCCACUUACUUGGAUCAAAGAGCCACCAUGUCACCACUCAAGUUCAUGGAUCAGUGUGCCACCAGGAGACCGUGCAAGCUGCUGAACCUAUCAAGGCCACCCCAAGCAUUGGUGGCUUCUUUGUGUCUCAGACAAAGGAGAAAGUUAGCAUCUACCAAGCCCUACAGAAGAAGCUUGUGUCUGAGGUGGUGGCUCUGGCUCUUCUGGAAGCUCAGGCUGCUACCGGCCACAUCAUCGAUCCAUCAAGCAAUCAAAAACUCACUGUAGAGGCAGCUAUUCAACAAGGGAUUGUUGGGCCAGAGUAUCAACAAAAACUGCUGCUUGCAAAUAGUGCAGCGACAGGCUACAAACACAAAGAAGAAACAAUAUCUUUCUUUCAGGCAUUCAAGAAAGGUCUUGUUGGGAAACACGAUGCAGUCCGUUUGCUACAGGCUCAGACAGCCACCGGUGGAAUUAUCAACUACCUGACUGGAAGCAGAGUACCAUUUUCUGAAGCUUUGAAGCUUAACUACAUAGAUGAGAAUUUGUUCAAAACCCUUACUGGGCCAUCAGAGUUCUCCAGCUGUUAUCCUGACCCCAAUACAAAGGAAGAUACUAGCUAUCAGAAACUUCUGUCCAAAGGUUUUACGGACUCCGGAACUGGACUGGUACUUCUGACUCUACAGGAAAGUUUGCAGGGUCUGAGGAAGUCUGUCAAUUUGGAGCAACUGUUCAAGGCCAACAUAAUUACCCAGGUUCAGUAUGAUGAAAUCAGAGACGGCAAACAAACCAUACAGAAGGUGGGAGAACUGCAGGAGGUCCGGAAGUAUCUCAAUGGGUUGUCCAGCAUUGGAGGAGUAUGCAUAGACAGCACAAAAGGGAAAAUAAGUAUAUAUCAGGCUUUGAAGAAAAACUUUCUUCCAUCCGAUUGUGCAACUGCUCUGUUGGAAGCUCAAGCAGCUUCAGGCUUCAUCGUAGAUCCAGAGAAGAAAAAAACUUUCACCGUCAUUGAAGCUAUUCAAGAAGGAGUGGUAGGAUUUGACCUCAAGGAGAAGCUACUCAAUGCUGAACAAGCAGUCACUGGGUUUAAUGACCCAUACACCGGGAAAAAGAUCUCCCUGUUUCAAGCAAUAAAGAAAGAGCUGAUUGACAUACACUUGGGCCUUAAUCUUCUUCAAGUCCAGCUGGCAACAGGAGGCAUUAUUGAUCCAUUCCACAGUUUCCACGUUCCUUUGGAAACUGCCUAUAAAAGAGGUUUAUUGGAUGAAAAAACAGCAAAACUGAUAUCUAGCCCUGCUAAUAUAAUUCGCAGUUUCCUGGAUCCCAACACUGAUGACCGGCUUACUUACCAGGAGCUCAUAUGCAGGGCCACAUUUGAUCCAGACUCAAAUACGUACUUCUUUCCUUUGAAAUUUGCCUUCUAUGGUAUAAGGGGAAAGGUUGCAAGUGAUGAGUUACUGAAGUCUCAGAUCAUCGACCAGACAACAUAUGAAAACCUCCAGCAAGGAAAACUGUCCGUCCAAGAUGUUUCUGAACAGGAGAAAGUGAAGCGCUAUCUUCAAGGAACUGGUUUAAUUGCUGGAGUGGUAGAUAUUUCUACCAAUGAGAUCAAAAGCAUUUAUAAUGCAAUGAAAGAACACCUUCUCAUGCCGGGAACAUCCAUUGCUCUUUUGGAGGCUCAGGCUGCCACUGGAUAUUUGAUAGACCCUGUAAAGAACUUGAAAUUUUCUGUACACGAUGCAGUAAAAAAUGGCUUGAUUGGACCUGAGGUGUAUGAGAAACUUUUGUCUGCUGAAAAGGCAUCCACGGGUUACAAAGAUCCCUCUUCUGGAGAGAGGCUUUCAUUAUUUCAAGCCAUAAAGAGGGGAUUUGUUACAAAAGAUCACGGCAUCCAUCUUCUGAACGUCCAACUUGCCACAGGUGGAAUCAUCGACCCAUCAAAGAAGCAUCGUGUUCCAGUAGAGGUGGCUUACACACGUGGUCACUUUGAUGAUGAUACAAACAAAAUUUUGCUCACUCAAACCAAUGACAUGAAGGGAUUUUCCGAUCCAAACUUGAAAGAAAAUGUUACCUAUGAGCAACUGCUGGAACGGAGCGUUAUCGAUGUUCACACUGGACUGUACCUGACUCCUGUGUUUGACAAUGCUCAGGAUGCACAGAAAAUCUCCCAUUCCUUCAUAGAUUAUAAGACCAAAGUGGUUUUAAAUGGAAUAAAACUGACACUUACAUUUAGUAAGUUUAAAGGACAGCUUGUUUCCUUGUGGCAAAUUCUUUUUUCAGAAUAUUUUAGCUUUGAGCUAAGGCAAUCUUUCAUUAAACUCUACAAAGCUGGAACUCUUUCAGUAGAAGAAUUGUCUAGAAAAGUUGAAGCGGAGAUUAAACAAGUGGUAUCCUCCACCAAAGUCACAUUUGAAGGCCUUAGAGAAUCUGUGACUCCUGGGCAGCUGCUGGAUUCGGAAAUUAUUGACAAGAACUUGUUUGACAAACUGCAGCAAGGUGAAGCUUCAGCAAAGGAUGUGGAGAAUAUCAACAUGGUCAAGAAAUACCUGCAAGGCACUGGAAGCAUUGGUGGACUACUCUUAGCAGAUACUCAGGAAAAGAUCAGCAUCUACCAAGCAAAGAGAAAAGGCUUCCUAAGACCUGGGACCUCCUUGAUUCUCCUUGAAGCUCAAGCAGCAACAGGCUAUAUCAUUGAUCCAGUGAAAAAUAAGAAGUAUUCAGUGGAUAAGGCUCUCAAGGAAAAUAUUAUCGGCCCUGACUACUAUGAAAAACUUUUGUCAGCAGAAAAAUCAGUCACCGGAUAUAAAGAUCCAUACACAGGUGAAAGAGUUUCCCUCUUUCAAGCAAUGAGCAAGGGCCUAAUUGUCAAAGAACACGGCAUUAGGCUUCUUGAAGCCCAGAUAGCAACCGGUGGCAUCAUCGACCCCAUAAACAGCCACAGAAUCCCAGUUGAAGUUGCCUACAAGCGAGGCUAUUUUGACAAGAAAAUGAAUCUAAUACUCUCAGAUCCAGAUGAUGACACAAAAGGGUUCUUUGAUCCAAAUACCCAUGAAAACCUCACCUAUCUACAGCUGAAAGAGAAAUGCAUUACAGAGCCUUCAACUAACCUUUGCCUUCUACCUCUAGUCAGCAAAACUCAACAAUUCAGCUUUAAUGAGCACAUCAGGGAUUCUUUCAGAAAUUUGGAAAUAUUUGUCAGAUAUGGAAGAUUCAGGGGGCAAACUGUAUCCGCAUGGGUCCUCAUCAACUCUGAGUACUUCACCGAGUGGAGAAGGAGAGAGCUCUUACAGCAGUUUAGGCUGAAAAAGUUGACCAUCGAACAAAUUAUCAUCAUCAUUGAAGAGGAAAUAAAGAAAAGGACAGAGAUCAGUGUCCCCACAUUAAGGGGACAGGUGAACAUUUAUGAGCUGUUGGAAUAUGAGAUCAUCGAAAAAGAAUUAUUUGAGCAAGUCCUAGAAGGAAAAGUUACAGUAGAAGAUGCUCUGAAAAGGGACAAAGUUCAGAAGUACUUGCAGGGAUCCGGUGUCCUCAGUGGAGUCAUUCUCCAACCCUCCAACCAGAAGGUCAGUUUUUAUGAAGCAACAAAGAAAAAUAUAUUGCUGCCAAGCACUGUGUUGCCGCUAUUAGAGGCUCAGGCUGCUACUGGACACAUAGUGGACCCAGUGAAUAACCAGAAACUUUCAGUUGAUGAGGCUCUCAAAGCAGCUGUUGUCGAUCCACAGAUUUAUGAGAGACUUGCUUCUGCAGAGGAAGCUGUGACAGGUUACCAGGAUCCAUUUUCAGGGAAGAAAAUCUCCCUUUUCCAAGCCAUGCAGAAAGGCCUUGUUGAAGAAAAGCAUGCCAAACAGCUUCUCGAGGCCCAGCUAGCUACCGGUGGAGUCAUUGAUCCAAUACAUGGCUUCCACCUCCCAGAUUCUGUGGCCAAGAAGCAUGGCUAUCUUAGCGAGGAGCUAGCUGAAAAUCUUUCUCGCCCUACAGAUGACACAAAAUCAUUCUAUGACCCAACUACCAAAGAAAAGGUCACAUAUUCUCAACUUGUCAAUCGGUCACAGAAAGAUGAGUCAACCGGCCUCUAUUUGCUUCCAUUGCCCCAAAACUUUGCAGAGGUCCCAAUAGUAAAUAUAUAUUCUGACGAGGAAGUCCGCCGACUCUUGAAAGCCACCAGGAUUGAAGAGCGAAACAUCACAGUGUGGGACCUGAUUCAUUCUGGAUUUUUUACAGAAGAGCAGCGAUUCGAGAUCCUGCAAAAUUUUAAAGCUAAGAAACUGACAGUUCAGCAGUUGACCAUUGAAAUCCUGCAAAUCGUCAGAAUGAAUGAAAUAAAAAAGACCACCCACAUUUAUUUUGAAGGACUCAGAGGAAAAGUCCCGGUCGUGAGGCUGCUAGACCUGGGUAUUAUUACACAGAAAAUAUUUGAUGAACUUGUUCAAGGCCUCAAAUCUGUUGAGGAGAUUUCUCAGUUGGCUGAGGUGAAGAAAAGUCUAGAGGGCACCGGUUCCAUCUCCGGAGUAUAUCUGCCAUCCAGAAAGAAAAAGCUGAGCAUUUAUCAGGCCUUGAAAAAGAAUAUACUCCUCCCUGCCAAUGCCAUCAUGCUUUUAGAAGCCCAGGCCGCAACAGGUUUUAUUACAGAUCCAGUAAAGAAUAAAAAAUAUACAGUCGACAGUGCAGUGAAAGCAGGGCUCAUAGGCCCAGAACUUCAUGAAAAAGUCUUGAAUGCUGAAAGUGCAGUAAGCGGAUACACCGAUCCAUACACAGAAAACAAGAUAUCUCUAGGCCAAGCAAUCCAGAAGAAGCUAAUACCACAGAAUGAAGGUAUUCCACUCCUCCAAGCCCAGUUGGCCACUGGUGGAAUAAUUGAUCCUCUUCAUUUUCAUUAUGUACCGCAACAGCUGGCAUAUAAAUUGGGCUUUUUGGAUGAGGAAAUAUCCAAACAAACAGCAGACCAGAAAAUCUAUGUUGAUCCAAACACCAAAGAAAAAGUGAGCUAUCAGCAGCUGAAAGAGAGAUGCUACACUGACCCGGAGACCGGCUCGCUGCUUCUGACUAUUUCCGACACUGCAUCUUUUUAUGCUGAAGGACAUGUCAUUGAUGCUUUCAAAUCAUUUACAGUUACCCUCACUGCAGGAAGGUUCAAAGGCCAAAGCGUGUCUCUCUGGGAACUUCUGAAUUCAGAGUACGUCAGUGCAGAUAAACGAAAAGAAUUCCUAUUGAAAUACAAAACCAGCAGCUCUGAAGCUUUACAGGAAAUCAUAAAAACCGUCACCACCAUCUUUGAGGAAACCGAUGCAGCAAGCACACAAAUCAAGUUCAGAGGUCUUCGGAAGCAAGUGUCUGCAAGUGACCUUUUCCAGUCGGAGGUCAUAGACAAGAAAACUCUUGAUGAGCUUAACCUGGGGAAGAAAACAAUAAAUGAAGUGACAGAAAUGGAGACUGUUAAACGCUAUUUGGAAGGAACGGAUAGUAUUGCUGGAGUUCUUCUUCAGGCCACAAACAAAAAGAUGAGUAUUUAUGAGGCAAUGCUGAAAGGCAUUUUGAGACCCGGUACUGCCUUGGUACUCCUUGAAGCCCAAGCAGCCACAGGCUUUAUUAUUGAUCCAGUUAAAAAUGAGAAGAUGUCAGUUGAUGAGGCAUUUAAGAAGGGUCUAAUAGGAUAUGAAGUACAUGCCAAGCUGCUGUCUGCAGAGCAAGCCGUAACAGGGUAUACAGAUCCAUAUAAUGAGGAGAAGAUAUCCCUAUUUCAAGCCAUGCAAAAAAAGAUUAUCGUUGAAGGCCACGGUAUCCGUCUGCUGGAAGCCCAGAUUGCCACAGGGGGCAUUAUCGACCCAGUUCACAGCCACAGAGUCCCUGUAGAUGUGGCCUACAAACGAGGUUACUUCAAUGAAGAAAUGAACAAAAUUCUGUUAGAUCCCAGCGAUGAUAAUAAAGGAUUCUUUGACCCCAAUACUCAUGAAAACCUUACCUAUCUGCAGCUAGUCGAAAGGUGCAUCCGAGAUCCCGAAACUGGGCUGUAUUUGUUACAAGUUGUGAAGAGAGGCGAAAACUACUUCUAUAUCACUGAUAAAAUGAAAGCCGACUUACAGUCAAGAACCAUUAGACUUAACUUUGGAAGAUAUGCCAACCAGACUGUGUCCAUCUGGGAAAUACUGACUUCUCAUUACAUCACAGAUAUGAAAAGAAGAGAGCUUGUUAGACUCUACACUUUGAAUGUACUCAGCAUAGAGCAGCUCAUCUCCAGCAUCACUACAGUUAUAGAAGAAUACGACUCUAAGAUCAGUCACUUAAAAUUGAAAGGAAUUUGUGGAGAAGUAAGUGCCACUGAUUUGUACAAUGCAGACAUAAUUGACCGAAAGACAUUAGAUGGCCUGAAAGAAGGCAAAAUUUCCGUGGAAGCUGUUUCUGAACUGGAUUCUGUUAAAAGAUACUUGAAAGGAACAAGCUGCAUUGCUGGGGUUUUAUCUGUGCCCACCAAUGAAACCCUCAGCAUCUUUGAGGCUAUAAAUAAAGGCUUUCUGUCUAGAGACAUUGGUCUACUACUUUUGCAAGCCCAAGCUGCCACAGGCCAUCUUAUUGACCCCAUCAAAAACCAAGUGCUUUCCAUUACCGAUGCAGUGUCUCAAGGACUAGUAAAUUCCGAUGUUCAAGAACAGCUUACAGUUGCUGAAAAGGCAGUUACUGGAUUUGCAGAUGCAGAGUCUGGAAACAAGAUUUCUCUUUUCCAAGCCGUCAAAAAAGGAAUUGUGCCAGAAGGGCAAGGAAUUUCUCUCCUGGAUGUCCAACUGGCAACUGGGGGUGUUGUAGACCCUGUUUAUGGCCAUAGACUUCCUCUGCAUGUAGCUUACAAGAGGGAUUAUUUAGAUGAAGACUUUUACCUUCUCAUCUCAGAAUCUAGAAAGAAAGGAUUUGUAGACCCGAACACACAUGAAAGAAUUACAUAUAAAAACUUGCUGGAAAGAUGCGUCAAAGACCAAAAAACUGGAAUUUCUUUGCUUCCACUGACUAAAAAACAGGAUGAUUACUUUUACAUCGACGAGCCAACCAAAAAACUUUUGUCAGAAACCAAUGUGGCAAUGAAGAGUGGCAAAUUCAAAGGUCAGAAUAUUUCCUUGUGGGAACUUUUGAGCUCCACCUAUAUCUCUGAAGAAAAGAGAAAACAGCUCAUCAAGUUAUAUAAAACCAAAACUUCUUCAACACUUAAAGACGUCAUAAGUGUCAUCAUAACAGUCAUUGAAGAAAAGGAGAAGGGUCAAAAUGACAUCUGGUUCCAGGGACUGAGGAAACAGGUCACCGCUAAGGAACUAUUUGAUGCUGGAAUUAUCAACGAAGAGAUUCUGGAGGGUUUAAAGAAGGACUCGCAGACUGUGAAGGAAGUUGCGAAAAAAGAGUCCAUUAGACAAUACCUUGAAGGCAACAGCUGCGUUGCAGGGGUGCUUAUCCCUUUAAAACUUGAUCCCACCAAGAAAGAAAAGGUGAAUAUCUAUGAUGCUAUGCAGAGACGUAUUCUGAGACCUGGGACAGCACUUGUUCUCCUGGAAGCCCAGGCCGCUACUGGCUUUGUUAUUGACAGCAUACAAAACCGUAGACUUGCAGUUGAUGAAGCGUUAUCAGCUGGGGUGAUUGGAUAUGAAAUUUAUGACAAACUUCUGUCUGCAGAAAGAGCCGUUACAGGCUACAAUGAUCCCUACACUGGUGAAAAAAUCUCCUUGUUCCAAGCCAUUCAGAAAAAUCUAAUUGUAAAGGAGCACGGUAUACGCCUACUGGAAGCCCAGAUUGCUACUGGUGGCAUCAUCGACCCAGUACACAGCCACCGCGUCCCUGUAGAAGUGGCUUAUAAACAGGGCUAUUUUGAUGAAGAACUGAACCAAACCCUUUUAGAUCCCACUGAUGACACAAAAGUCUUCUUUGACCCAAAUACUCAUGAGAACCUCACCUACAUGCAACUGCUCCAGAGAUGUGUCCAGGACCCUGACACUGGAUUGUAUAUGCUGGAACUUAAAGACAGCAAGUUCUCCCCAGCACAGAUCCAAAAUAAAUUGCAAUCCAAUUUUAUUGAUAUUGCUGUUGGAGAGUUUCAUGGAAAACGUGUUUCCAUCUGGGAGCUUAUCAACUCUAAAUACUUCUCAGUAGAGAGAAGAGAGGAGCUUCUAAAGAAAUUUGAAUCCGGUACUUUAACUAUCGAGGAAAUUCUGUCUAUAACUGUUAAAGUCCUUAAUGAAACAGAGGAAACAUUACCUCCAGAAAGUACGACGGUGUCUAAAGUUGUCACCACAGAAUCUGCUAAUCAAGACGCUAAAGUCCAAGCUUUGCUCCAGUCAGAAAAGGUGGAUGUGUUGGUGGGUGCCUUCAAGGGACAGAGUGUUUCUGUGUGGGAGCUCCUGAAUUCUCGUUAUAUCUCAGAAGAGAAAAGGAAAGAAAUAUUAGAACUGAUGCAGUCCGGUGCUAUGACCAUACAAGAAAUUAUCACAAUGCUCAUCACCACCAUAACAACAGCAGAAACAGAGUUGGCUCAUACGAGUAUAUCUGUACCAGAUGAACAACAGGCGGAACCUGAUCUUUCUAUACAAGAUGAUGAGAUUGAGAAGGCUUUACAAAACAUCAGUAUUCAUGUCACCAAAGGACAGUAUGCUGGACAAGAGGUUUCUGUGUGGGAUCUGCUAAAUUCCAGAUAUAUUCCUAAAGAUACCAAACAAGAAUUAUUAGAAGACUACAAACUGACUGUUCAAGACAUCAUGGACCUGGUGGUCAAUUCUAUCAGAGAGACUAAGCCACAGAGUAGAUUAAAAACCGACUACAAUUUGAAGGUGGAAGUUUACAAUGUUGUGCGGACCACGCAGAUUGAAGUAACCGAAGGCGAGUUUAAGGGUCAGAAACAUUCCGUAUGGGAUCUUCUGCAAUCCAAAUACUUUUCAGAGGAGAAAAGGCGUGAGCUCCUGGAGAAUUUUAAUUCUGGCAGACUAAGUAUAACUGAACUUAUCAAAACCAUCAUCACGAUUAUAACAGAGACUGAAGAACGUACCGUGAAAUUGAAAUUCAAAGGUCUCAGGAGACAAGUUAGUGCAUCCGAACUGGUUACAUCUAAAAUUAUUGACAAGAAUACACUGAGAGAGUUGGCUCAAGGACAGAAGACUAUAGAGGAGGUGACUCAAAUGGACAGUGUGAAGAGGUACUUGGAAGGAACAAGCUGUAUAGCUGGAGUAUUGGUUCCAUCUCCCAAAGAUCCUUCAAAGAAAGAUAAGAUGAGGAUUUAUGAUGCUAUGUUGAAGAACAUCCUGAGACAAGGGACAGCUCUCUGUCUUCUGGAAGCUCAAGCUGCCACUGGAUUUAUCGUUGACCCUGUGAGCAACAAGAAACUGUCAGUAGACGAAGCUGCAGCUACUGGUUUAAUUGGAAGCGAACUUCACGCAAAACUUCUUUCCGCAGAAAAAGCAGUAACAGGCUACACUGACCCAUAUACUGGGGACAAGAUCUCCCUCUUCCAAGCCAUGAAGAAAGACCUCAUUGUAAAAGAUCAUGGUAUUCGUUUGCUGGAGGCCCAGAUUGCCACUGGGGGCAUCAUUGACCCAGUACACAGUCACAGAGUCCCUGUGGAAGUAGCUUAUAAACGGGGCUACUUUGAUGAAGAGAUGAAUCAGAUCCUUUCAGAUCCCACUGAUGACACAAAAGGAUUCUUUGAUCCCAACACUCAUGAAAACCUCACCUACCUGCAAUUACUUAACCGAUGUGUUAAGGACCCAGAUACAGGAUUGUACAUGCUGACCAUGAAGGACAAGCAGACUGUCUUAGCAGAAAAGACUUUUGAAAGUAGUCUGCAGUCACUAACUAUUCAAAUUAAGGUUGGGCAGUAUGAAGGGAAGACUGUGUCCUCCUGGGAACUUCUACACUCCAAGUAUUUUACAGAAGAAAAAAGACAAUUACUGCUGAAUAAGUACAAAUCAAAGAAUUUAACAGUUGAGGAACUUAUUUCAAGUAUUAAGUCAGUCAUUGAUGACUGGGAACAACAACAGGGCGGUAGCCAGACUGUGGAUGAAUUUAGCCUGGAAGAGGCAGUCCUAGAUACUGCCAAUGAAAAUAAGAAGAGCCUUCUCCAGUCUGAGAUAGUGGAGAUUAAUAAAGGCAAACUCCAGGGCCAGAAGCUCUCUGCGUGGGACCUUCUCAACUCUGAGCAUAUUGAAGUAAGCAAAAAGGAUGAAAUCAAAAAGAAGUACUUCUCAGGUGCCUUGCCUCUAGAACAGAUUGUUAAAACCAUAACUACAAGUAUUACAGAAGUAGAAGAGAGUGAUGCUAUCAUUGGGAAAAAACAAGUUUAUGAUAUUGCUUCUAUUCCAAAACCCAAGCAAUAUCAACAACCAGAUACAGAUGAAGACCGUACAGCUUUAAGUGUUUUUACUGUUCAUGUACAAGCAGAAGAGUUUGAGGAUGAACAAGUAUCUCUGUGGGAAAUACUGCACUCCAAAUAUGUUUCAGAUGAUAGCCGUAACACGCAGCUAAGAAAACACCAAGGAGCCGUGGAAAAACUUAAACAGAGAAUCCUAAGAUUAAUUGAGGAUGCUGAAACAAAAGGUGAAACAGAAAUUCAAAAGAAAUUGGAAUUGAAGCUUAUAGAGGUCAACGUAGGAGAAUUCAAAGGACAGACUGUUUCCUUGUGGUUCCUUCUCUACUCCAAGUACGUCACUGAGAAGAAACGAAAUGAACUGCUAGAAAAAUACAAAUCAGGAACCUUAACAGCUGAGGAGAUUUUCAAAAUUAUCAUCACCAUAAUUGAAGAGACAGAAAAGAAACGUGAACUGAAGUUCAAGGGUUUCCGUCGGCAGGUGACGGCCUCUGAACUACUCCAGUCAGAAAUCAUUGACCAGAAGACUUUGGAUGAACUGACUCGGGGCAGCAAAACUGUAGAAGAGGUUACCCAGAUGGAUUCUGUGAAGAGAUAUCUUGAAGGCUCUAGUAGCAUUGCAGGAGUGUUUGUUACAUCAAAGACUGAUCCUUCCCAAAAAGAAAAGCUGACCAUCUAUGAUGCCAUGUUGAAACGUAUACUGAGACCUGGAACAGCAUUGAUUCUCCUUGAAGCACAGGCAGCUACAGGAUUUGUGAUCGACCCUAUUCAGAACAAAAAGCUUUCUGUAGAGGAGGCCUUAACUGCAGGGCUGAUUGGACAAGAUAUAUAUGCUAAACUUGUGUCUGCAGAAAGAGGGGUCACUGGCUAUAAGGACCCCUACACUGAAGAGAAAAUCUCUCUCUUUCAGGCUAUGAAGAAAGAUCUCAUUGUUAAGGAUCAUGGCAUACGUCUCCUGGAAGCCCAGAUUGCCACUGGUGGAAUUAUUGACCCAGUACACAGUCAUCGUGUGCCUGUGGAGGUAGCAUACAAACGUGGCUACUUUGAUGAAGAAAUGAACCACAUCCUCUCUGAUCCCUCAGAUGACACAAAGGGAUUCUUCGAUCCCAAUACUCACGAGAAUCUCACCUAUUUGCAGCUGAUCCAAAGAUGCGUCAAAGAUCCGGAGACUGGUCUGUAUAUGCUGGAUGUGAACGUGAAUAAAGUUCCAUCUACCCAGGCUGGGAAAGAAAAUAUUCUAAAAACAAAAAAUAUCAAGGUCACACACACUCAGUUCCAAGGCAGGGAUGUUUCCAUCUGGGAGCUUCUAUAUUCCUCUUUUAUUUCUUCAGAGAAAAGAGAAGAGCUGCUGAAAAAGUACAAUUCAGGAACAUUGUCUAUUGAUGAACUUAUCAAUAUAGUUAUCAAACUCAUUACUGAAACAGAAUCUGUUGCUGAUACAACAGACUCAGCCGACAAAGUGACUUUACUGCAAUCAGAAAAGUUGGAUGUAUCUGUAGGGGACUUUAAAGGACAACGUGUAUCUGUGUGGGAGCUCCUGAAUUCUCAUUAUAUCACUGAAGAGAAACAAAAUGAAAUAUUAGAAAAAUAUAAAAACGGGACUUUGACCAUACAAGAAAUUAUAACGAUUCUCAUUACAAUCAUCACUCAAUCUGCGUCUGAGGUAGACAUUGAAUGUUCAGCCGAACCAGAACAGCAGCAAGUACAGCCUAAACCUUCUUUACAAGAAGAUGAGAUUCAGAAAGCUUUGCAAAGCAUCAACAUCCAUGUUAGAAAAGGAGAGUUUGCUGGACAGGAGGUCUCUGUGUGGCAACUUCUGCACUCUAGAUACAUCUCAGAAGGAAAAAUACAAGAGCUGCUCGGGAACUACAAGUUAACUCUUGAAGACAUAAUCCAGCUGGUCGUUCAGUCCAUUGAAGAAGGUGAUCAGAAGAGCAAUCAAUCUCGCUCCAAAAUAGAAUACAAUUUGAAGGAAGAAACAUUUAGUGUUGUGCAGACCAUCCAGAUUGAAGUAACUGAAGGAGAGUUUAAAGGUCAGAAACAGUCAGUGUGGGAUCUACUGAACUCCAAAUACUUUUCGGAAGAGAAAAGACAUGAGCUGCUUGAGAAUUUGAACUCUGGCACACUCAACAUUGAUGGGCUCAUUAAAAUUAUCAUCACAAUAAUACAAGAGACAGAGGAGCGUAGUAGAAGUUUAAAAUUUAAAGGCCUUAGAAGACAAGUUACUGCAUCUGAACUGCUUACAUCAAAAAUUAUUGAUCAGAAUACAAUGAGAGAAUUGACGCAAGGGCAGAAGACUGUAGAGCAGGUGACUCAAAUGGACAGUGUGAAGAGGUACUUGGAAGGAACAAGCUGUAUAGCUGGAGUAUUGGUUCCAUCUCCCAAAGAUCCUUCAAAGAAAGAAAAGAUGAGGAUUUAUGAUGCUAUGUUGAAGAACAUCCUGAGACAAGGGACAGCUCUCUGUCUUCUGGAAGCUCAAGCUGCCACUGGAUUUAUCGUUGACCCUGUGAGCAACAAGAAAUUGUCAGUAGACGAAGCUGCAGCCACUGGUUUAAUUGGAGGCGAACUUCAUGCAAAACUUCUUUCCGCAGAAAAAGCAGUAACAGGCUACACUGACCCAUAUACUGGGGACAAGAUCUCCCUCUUCCAAGCCAUGAAGAAAGACCUCAUUGUAAAAGAUCAUGGUAUUCGUUUGCUGGAGGCCCAGAUUGCCACUGGGGGCAUCAUUGACCCAGUACACAGUCACAGAGUCCCUGUGGAAGUAGCUUAUAAACGGGGCUACUUUGAUGAAGAGAUGAACCAGAUCCUUUUAGAUCCAACUGACGAUACAAAAGGAUUCUUUGAUCCCAACACUCAUGAAAACCUCACCUACCUGCAAUUACUUAACCGAUGUGUUAAGGACCCAGAUACAGGAUUGUACAUGCUGACCAUGAAGGACAAGCAGACUGUCUUAGCAGAAAAGACAUUUGAAACUAGUCUGCAGUCACUAACUAUUCAAACUAAUGUUGGACAGUAUGCUGGACAGGCUGUGUCCUCCUGGGUGCUCCUCCACUCCAAGUAUUUCACAGAAGAAAAGAGACAAUUACUUCUGAGUAAGUACAAAUCAAAGACUAUAACAGUAGAUGAACUUAUUUCAAGUAUUACAUCAACCAUUGAAGACUGGGAAAAACAAGGUAGUAGCCAGACUGCGAAUGGAUUAAGUCUGGAAGAGGCAGUCCAAGAUAUUACCGAAGAAAACAAGAAGGCCCUUCUCCAGUCUAAGCUAGUGGAGGUUACCGAAGGCAAACAUCAGGGCCAGAAGCUCUCUGUGUGGGACCUUCUCAACUCUGAGCAUAUUGAAGUAAGCAAGAAGGAAGACAUUUUACAGAAGUAUUUCUCAGGUACCUUGCAACUAGAAGAGAUCAUUAGAAUCAUCACAGUCAUUGUUACAGAUGUGGAGGAGAAGACAGGAGAAACUGUAAAAGUAGCUGCUGAAGAACUUCGAGGAGCCCUGAGUGCAAUUGAGGUCAAUGUUAAAACCAGUCAAUUACAAGAACAAAAAAUGUCACUCUGGGACAUCCUCCAUUCUGAUUAUCUCCAGGAGGACAAACGUAAUGAGCAGCUUAUCAAACAUAAGUCAACCGUGGAAACUUUAAAGCAAAUAAUUGCUUCUUUAAUUGAUGAAUCAGAGGCCAAAAAAGACACUGAAAUCCAACAAGCAUUAGAUCUGAAGCUGACAGAGGUCACAGUUGGAGAAUUCAAAGGUCAAAAUCUUUCAGCAUGGUUCCUUCUCUAUUCCAAGUAUAUCACUGAGGAGAAACGAAAUGAACUGCUAGAAAAAUACAAAUCAGGAACCUUAACAGCUGAUGCGAUUCUGAAAAUCAUCAUCACAAUAAUUGAAGAGACAGAAAAGAAGCGUGAGUUAAAGUUUAAGGGUUUCCGCCGGCAGGUGACGGCCUCUGAACUGCUCCAGUCAGAAAUAAUUGACCAGAAGACUCUGGAUGAGCUGACUCAGGGCAGCAAGACUGUAGAAGAGGUUACCCAGAUGGAUUCUGUGAAGAGAUAUCUUGAAGGCUCUAGUAGCAUUGCAGGAGUGUUUGUUACAUCAAAGACUGAUCCUUCCCAAAAACAAAAGCUGACCAUCUAUGAUGCCAUGUUGAGACGUAUACUGAGACCUGGAACAGCAUUGAUUCUCCUUGAAGCACAGGCAGCUACAGGGUUUGUGAUCGACCCUAUUCAGAACAAAAAGCUUUCGGUAGAGGAGGCCUUAACUGCAGGGCUGAUUGGACACGAUAUAUAUGCUAAACUUGUGUCUGCCGAAAGAGGGGUCACUGGCUAUAAGGACCCCUACACUGAAGAGAAAAUCUCUCUCUUUCAGGCUAUGAAGAAAGAUCUCAUUGUUAAGGAUCAUGGCAUACGUCUCCUGGAAGCCCAGAUAGCCACUGGUGGAAUUAUUGACCCAGUACACAGUCAUCGUGUGCCUGUGGAGGUAGCAUACAAACGUGGCUACUUUGAUGAAGAAAUGAACCACAUCCUCUCUGAUCCCUCUGAUGACACAAAGGGAUUCUUCGAUCCCAAUACUCACGAGAACCUCACCUCAGAAAUAAUUGACCAGAAGACUCUGGAUGAGCUGACUCAGGGCAGCAAGACUGUAGAAGAGGUUACCCAGAUGGAUUCUGUGAAGAGAUAUCUUGAAGGCUCUAGUAGCAUUGCAGGAGUGUUUGUUACAUCAAAGACUGAUCCUUCCCAAAAACAAAAGCUGACCAUCUAUGAUGCCAUGUUGAGACGUAUACUGAGACCUGGAACAGCAUUGAUUCUCCUUGAAGCACAGGCAGCUACAGGGUUUGUGAUCGACCCUAUUCAGAACAAAAAGCUUUCGGUAGAGGAGGCCUUAACUGCAGGGCUGAUUGGACACGAUAUAUAUGCUAAACUUGUGUCUGCCGAAAGAGGGGUCACUGGCUAUAAGGACCCCUACACUGAAGAGAAAAUCUCUCUCUUUCAGGCUAUGAAGAAAGAUCUCAUUGUUAAGGAUCAUGGCAUACGUCUCCUGGAAGCCCAGAUAGCCACUGGUGGAAUUAUUGACCCAGUACACAGUCAUCGUGUGCCUGUGGAGGUAGCAUACAAACGUGGCUACUUUGAUGAAGAAAUGAACCACAUCCUCUCUGAUCCCUCUGAUGACACAAAGGGAUUCUUCGAUCCCAAUACUCACGAGAACCUCACCUACCUGCAGCUGAUCCAAAGAUGCGUCAAAGAUCCGGAGACUGGUCUGUAUAUGCUGGAUGUGACAGGUGGCACCUCUGCUCCUCAGGAAGAACUAAAAAUAAAAUCUGCUCUUCAGUCUAAAUCUGUGCAAAUUUCAGUUGGUGGAUUUCAAGGGAAAGCUGUUUCUGUCUGGGAUCUUCUCUACUCUCGGUAUGUUUUAGCAGAAAAGCAAACAGAGCUCCUGAAAAAAUACCGUGCUGGCCUGCUGACCAUUGAAGAACUUAUUACUAUCCUUAUUACCAUAAUUACCGAAACAGAGAAAGAAGAAAAACUAUCACCAGAGAUUAAAGUCAUUAAAAAAUCAUUCAAGUCCGUAAUCAUAGAGAUUUCCAUUGGGGACUUUAAAGAAAAAUCCAUGUCUCUCUGGGACCUGUUGCAUUCCAAAUAUAUUCCUGAAGAGAAAAGGGAGGAAUUGAUUCAAAAGUUUAAAUCCGGAACACUGACUAUUGAAGAAAUCAUCAGCAUUGUUUUAAGCAUGAUACAAAAGACAGAGAUGCAUUCAACGCAGACAGUCAUUGUUCAGGAAGUGAAAGUAGUACAAUCGGUUCCAGAUGUGGAUGAACAUUGGCCAUCAGAAGAGCAACUACAAAAAGCAUUACAAGUGAUUCCAAGUGACCUAUCAAGGAAGCCGUCAGAAGCAGGUAAUGUUUCUGUAUGGGAUUACCUGCACAGCCAAAGUGUACCCGAGGAGAAAAGAAGCGCAAUGCUGCACAUCUACAAGUCUUCUCUUAGAGAGGUCAUGAGUGUUUGCACCAGUAUAAUCAAGGGAACGUCAACAGAAGGCUCCGCUACCCAAAGCCUUGAGAUCUCAGCCAGCCAAGAACCUGCACAAACCGAAAAGAGGGUAGAAACCCAAAGUUCACUCCAGGCAGUAGAAGUUGAUAUGAAAGUGGGUCAACAAGAAAGUAAGAGAAGUUCCCUUUGGGAGCUUUUACAUUCUUCACACAUAACAGGUGACAAAAGAAAUGAACUUUUAGCGGGGUACGAGAGUGGUGCUCUUGGGCUUCAAGAUCUCAUGAAAAGUAUAAUGCAGAUCUUCAUGCAAGCUGAGAAAACCAGUGUGCAGAUCUCAAUUCGGCAGAAGGUCACAGUAAAAACAGAACAAAUAACUCUUGAAUCCAUUCCAGAACCAGUUAUAAAGUCACUUCAGGUGUUUUCCGUCUCCAUUGCCAGCAGCGAAUUUACAGGAGAAAAUAUUUCACUGUGGGACCUACUCCAGUCCAAAAACAUCACCAAAGCCAAGCGUCUAGAACUCAUCAAGUUGUACUUUCUUACCAUUAAAGGGAUCGUCCCAACGCUGACAGGUUCCUCAUGUAAAACUGUAACUGUGGUGGCACAAAAACCAGACACCGCCACCUUCUUGAAAUCCGUAAAAGUCCAGGUCGACAUUGGAGAAUUCAAAUUAAAAGGCCAAUCGCAUUCUCUUUGGGAGCUCCUUCAUUCGCAGUACAUCACAGAAGAGAAGAGAAAGGAGAUCAUUCAGCAGUAUGAAUCUGGUGCCAUAACCUGGGAGCAAAUGUUCAAGAUCAUUACCACCAUCAUAAAAGAGACCGAGGAAAAAACUCAUCAAAUCAAGUUUAAAGAAUGAAGAUGUUCCAAGCAGCAUCUCAGUCCAUUGAACGGUGUUGCCCUAAGCAUGUGCAUGUCAUCUCUUAAAACCUCUCUGGGGAAGUUUAGAUUUCUGGGGUUUUGCUUCACUAUGUCCAUGUCCCUUUCGGGUUCCUUUAGGGUUUCUAUGAGUGAAAUAAUACCAGCUGAUGGGACUUUAAUCCUCUAACACCUCAAUCCACAUUUUCUUCAGGGCCACUUUUGGACCUGGCGGGGACUUAGUAAAGACAUAUUCUGGUGCCAUAUUUCAGAAACAUCACCCUGGUGUCAUCCAAGAAUAUAGAAUCAGCAGAUAACUUCUCGCUAAAGGUCAGCUGGUUCUGAUCUCUAAUGUUCUGCGCUAUGUACCAGCCAGGUCCAAACUGUGUCCAAUUGUAAGAUAAUCUCAUUCCUAAAAUGUGACCGAGUCAUUCCAUCCACAAUCCGGGUUCUGUUAGGUGUGAUAAGAAGUCAACCG